UCGUGUGUAAUCUUGAGCUUUCAGCAGCUUCACACUGCACGUCCUAUCUCACGCGCGUCCCCGCGGCUAAACAGGUAGUCAGGACUCGCGCUCACGCAUCAGUUCUGCGGUUCCAUACGGGGCACGACACAGAAAAAGAGAAAGAAAGAAACAGACAGACAGGAAAGAAAAGAAAGACGGACAGCAGUGCUAAGAGAGACAGAAUAAAAAUACGUGAAGAGAGAGAAGUGUCGAGUGUUUCGAGAGACCGGAGUGAUGACGGCGGCGGUGUUUUGCGGGGCUUUGCUGAUGCUGGCCCUGGCCUCGGGCGGGGAUGCUGCGGGGGAAGGAGGUAUCUCGUUUGAGUACCACCGAUAUGAGGAGAUGCGGAAAGCGCUGGUGUCCGUGUGGCUGCAGUGCCCCUCCAUCACCCGCAUCUACACGGUUGGGGAGAGUUACGAGGGCCGAGAGCUGCUCGUGCUGGAGAUGAGCGACAACCCUGGCGUCCAUGAGCCUGGUGAGCCGGAGUUUAAGUACAUUGGCAACAUGCACGGUAAUGAGGCCGUGGGCAGAGAGCUGCUCAUCUAUCUGGCUCAGUAUCUCUGUAAUGAGUACCAGGAGGGCAACGACACCAUUAUCGACCUGAUCCACUCCACACGCAUUCACAUCAUGCCCUCCAUGAAUCCUGACGGCUUUGAGAAAGCAGCCUCACAGCCUGGUGAGAUGAAGGACUGGUUUGUGGGCCGCAGCAAUGCUCAGGGGAUUGAUCUGAACCGCAACUUUCCAGAUCUUGAUCGCAUCGUCUACAUGAACGAAAGAGAGGGAGGAGCCAACAACCACCUCCUGAAAAACAUGAAGAAAGCUGUGGAUGAAAACACCAAGCUUGCACCAGAAACUAAGGCUGUCGUUCACUGGAUUAUGGACAUUCCAUUUGUCCUGUCAGCCAAUCUGCAUGGAGGAGACGUGGUGGCCAACUACCCAUAUGAUGAGACACGCAGUGGUUCUACUCAUGAAUACAGUGCUAGUCCAGAUGAUCUGGUGUUUAAGAGUUUGGCUAAAGCCUACUCCAGCUAUAACCCAGUGAUGUCUGACUCAAACCGGCCACCAUGCCGCAAGAAUGAUGAUGACUCCAGCUUCAAAGAGGGCAUCACUAAUGGAGGAGCCUGGUACAGUGUGCCUGGAGGUAUGCAGGACUUCAACUAUCUGAGCAGUAAUUGCUUUGAGAUCACUCUGGAGUUGAGCUGUGAUAAGUUUCCUCCUGAGGACACACUCAAGCAGUACUGGGACCAGAACCGCAACUCACUUGUCAACUACAUAGAGCAGGUUCAUAGAGGAGUAGCAGGAUUUGUUCAUGAUCUCCAGGGGAACCCCAUCUCAAAUGCUUCUAUUUCUGUUGAAGGAAUCGACCACGAUAUCACCACAGCUAAGGAUGGCGAUUACUGGCGCUUGUUGGCUCCUGGUAACUACAAAGUAUCAGCAUCUGCUCCUGGGUACCUCACUGUGGUCAAGAAAGUUGCUGUUCCCCACAGCCCUGCUACACGGCUGGAUUUUGAGCUGGAGUCGCUGGAAGAGAGGAAGGAGGAAGAGAAGGAGGAACUCAUGGAUUGGUGGAAGAUGAUGUCAGAGACGCUCAACUUCUAACUGACCUGAAGCAGAGGCCGUCUGAAACAAAAAUAUUUAUUGUUGUCAUAUGUGUGUGCUCAUAAACUUUUCAGUCCAAGAACAUAAUUCAGUUUUUUUGCUUUGUUUCGAUUGUUUUAUGUUAGAGGCACUACAUCUGAUCAUAUUUACAGUACAACAGCCAUAUGCACAUUAAACAAUUCAUACAUAUCGACAAAGACAACCAGUGGUAGAGCUGAGCUAAGUAUCUGCAUAUAUGGUUAUCCUUGUAAAUAUGGAUGAAUACAUAUAUUUCCACUAAAUGAAAUGCUGUGUGAAGUGCCCUCUAAAGUACAGCUGAUCCUAUUGCAGGGUUUUUGCAAUUUUGAUCAACCUGGUAAUUGUUAUUUUAGAGCACUGUGUUUCAUCUGCCUGUGUUUCCUGCAGGCAUGCAAAGGUAAUUACAUGAACACACAGAAAAGAAACAUGCAUAACACAGACAGUCGAUAUUGUGGAGGCAAUGGACUGAUCUAUUUCUCUUUUGUAACAUUGUGUUUUACAUUGAUAUUGUGAGAUUCUUUUGUAGCUAUGGUCACCAAUUACACCAACCAAUCAGAGAGCACUGUGUUGUGAUGAAUGUACGUGUCGGCAAUGAAUAUUACUAUUUAUUCUGAUUAUGACUGAAGCCAAUGUAGACAGCACUCAUUUACACCUGAUCACAAGUCUGUUUCUGUUCAAACACUGUCCUGUUGGUUUAAAUAAUAUUAUGCUUGAUGUUUUGAAUGGGAGUGCUUUUGAUAAACCUUUUUCAUUUAUUAAUGCUUUAAUAAUAACAACUUUGAAUAUCAUAUCCAGACAAUUGUUCAGAUGAAAAGAAAAUGGAAGAGGUUAUCAAUUGAACUCCUAUCUUAUGUUAUAAGAACUAUAUAGGAAAUUAAAAAAUUAUGAACAUAUGAUAGAUAAUAGCUAUAAAUCUGUAUUAUCUAUGUUUGUAAAGCAGAGAGUUUCAUUUUAGAUCAUACAACAGCAGAUUUUAAUGGCACAAGCUAAACAAACAGAAGUUUAUUUAGAUCUGAUGGUUUUAUAAUCUAUACCAAAAUGCACAAUUGUGCCCAAUGAAGUACUAUCUGCAGUCUUUAUUGAACGUUCUGUAAUAUAUUGUCUUUUUUGUCUGUUUCAGUAUCUUUAUAAUUAGUGUUUUUCUGUAAUAUGAAAUGGCACAUGUUAAUGCUAAAUCAAUCACCAUUAUGAUCAAGUCUAUAAUCCUGCAUUCAGAAUUCCUCAUUUAUCCAACUGAUUUGGGAAAUUUCAUGCACAUUCAAAUUAAACAAAUUAAAGCUUAAACUUUCAAUAUUAAUGUCAUAAAAUGGCAUUUCAAGCCAGCUUAUAUAUAUAUAUAUUUCUCUUUUGAGACUUCAGUGGUAUGUCUUGUAUAUGAAUGUAAUGACGGUUUAAUUGAAUGACGCAAUUCGCAACCAAAAUAAACUUCCCUUUCUGUUGUCA